AUGGAUAUCACGGGCUGGUUUUGUGCAGCAGAAGCAGGAGACCUUGAACACAUUAAGGAGACAUGUAUACAGUUUGUAGGCAAAGUCAAUGAAAGAGGUCGGACAGCCUUAAUGUUGGCUGCAUCCUUAGGGCACAGAUCCAUCUGUGAUUUCCUCGCUAGGUUUGAAGGCCGUCAGACAACGCCUAAAGGAGUAACUGCCCUUAUGAUUGCAGCGGAGUUGCAGCACAUUGACAUUGUGGCCGUUCUAGCGCCCUAUGAGUCAAGGAUGCGCUCAGACAAGGCAGAACCAGCAAUUAUACGUGCUGCGCGCCAUUGCUGCAUGCCAGCGUUAGAGAUUCUCCUACCCUACGAGAUGUGCUAUGCAUCGGAGUGCUUGGCUGUGGCAAAAAUUAAUAGGUUGGAAGAGGUAUAUAAACGGAUUGAUGCUGCUCUCACAGACAACUUCACAGAGAGCCUCAGUGUACAGGCUACUUUGGCUCAGCCCAUCCUCCCUCAGAACAGUCUAUUACCACAAUCUCAGCAUCAAUCCCAAUGUAUUCAGAUGUUAGGGGUAGAUGGGGACGUGGAUGCACGUGUAGAUGCAACCGCAGACACAACUCUGCAGCAGGCCGAUCUUAUCACAACACUUACCAUUGAGCUGGAGGAUCUUCGUCUGGUAGAACGAGAGUAUGAGGAUCUAAAGCAUAUGUGUGAAGCAUACCAAGAGCAGAUCCGUGAACUGAACCUGGACAAUGACACUCUAUUCACUGACAACAUGUCUCUACGGCGGGACAAAGAGAAGCAUCUAAGAGCCCUAAAAAGACUCGGCCCCUGUCCAUCCUGCAAGAAGUCACGAUCGGAAUUGCAGAAUCUACUGGCUGAAAACACACGGCUAUCAGCAAAAUUAUCGACAAUAAAGACAAACUCCUUGGAGGUAUGGUCUAGGAUUCUAAUGAAGAGGGCCUUGAGCGACGAAGAAAUACAGCGAUUCGCCCCCUUUGCUGAUUUAAUUCAGUAA